CGAGACGACAUUAGCUACAAGAGCUCGCUGGCUGAGGGAGAUGGCGGCGCACGUGCUGGCCUUCCCGUGGCCGCUGCAAGGCCACAUCAACCCCAUGCUCCACCUCGCCUCCGCCCUCCUCGACGCCGGCCUCCGCGUCACCUUCCUCCACACGGAGCACAACCUCCGGCGCUUCACCCGAGUGCCGCCUCACCACCCGCGCCUCCGCCUGGUGUCCAUCCCCGACGGCCUCCCCGACCACCACCCCCGCUCCGUGGGCGGCCUCAUGGAGCUCGUGGAGUCCAUGCGCACGGCGGGCAGCGCAGCGUACCGCGCCCUGCUGCUGCGGAUGAUGGAGUCGGACGACGACGACGCGGUGACGUGCGUCAUCACCGACGGCGUGAUGCCAUUCGCCGUCAGCGUCGCCGAGGAGCUUGGCGUCCCAGCGCUCGCGUUCCGCACGGAGAGCGCCUGCGGUUUCCUCGCGUAUCUGUCCGUGCCCAGGCUCCUGGAGCUCGGCGAGAAGCCCGUCCCUUCCGACGAGCAGGUGCGCGGCGUCCCCGGGAUGGAGGGGUUCCUACGGCGCCGAGACCUUCCGCGUGUAGUGCCACCGCCACCUGGACCUGGAAACGGCGAGGAAGAGGUCGUCGACCCCGACUGGCCCGACCCCGUUCCCGUGCUGCUGACCAUCGCCGACACCGCCGCUCGCUGCGGCGAGUCAAGGGCGCUGGUACUCAACACCGCCGCGUCCAUGGAGGGGCCGGCGCUCUCGCGGAUCGCGCCGCACAUGCGCGACGUCUUUGCCGUCGGCCCCCUCCACGCCAGGCCAGCAGCCAGACACGCCGCAGCAGAAGUACAACACGUGAGCAACGACGACAUGAGCUUGUCGGCGUGGCUGGACGGCCACGAGGACCGGUCGGUGGUGUACGUGAACCUAGGGAGCCUCACCAUCGUCUCGAGUGAGCAGCUGGCCGAGUUCCUGCACGGCCUCGUGGCCGCCGGCUACGCCUUCCUGGGCGUGUUCCGGCAGGACAUGCUCCACCAAAUGGCCGCCGCCGCCGCUAGCGCUAGCAAGUCCUCCGUGGCCCUCCGGGAAGCGGUGGAGGCGGUGGCGGGAGCCGGCAGCGAGAGGGCGCUGGUGGUGGAGUGGGCGCUGCAGCGGGACGCGCACCACGUGCUGCGGCACCGCGCGGUGGGGUGCUUCCUGACGCACGGCGGGUGGAACUCGACGCUGGAGGCCGGCGUGGAGGGCGUGCCGGCGGUGUGCUGGCCCUUCUUUGCCGACCAGCAGACUAACAGCCGCUUCGUGGGGGCCGUGUGGAGGACGGGGCUGGACAUGAAGGACGUGUGGCAAAGGGCCGUGGUGGAGAGGAUGGUGAGGGAGGCCAUGGAGUCCCCUGAGAUCCGGGCGUCGGCCCAGUCCAUGUCACGGCAGCUCAGGCUGGACAUCGCCCAGGGGGGCUCGUCGUCGUCCGAGUUGGAGCGCCUCGUCGGCCUCAUCACCGAGCUCAGCGCCGUGAAAAUUUCAUCGCCUGCUCCCGCUCUCACUUGUUGAUUUAUAUGCUGAUUUGCUGCAGUUUGCUGUAAUAAGAGGUGUUGCAUGUGCAUGCAGCCACCAGUACUGUCUGUGGUGUGUAUUUGAUGUCGUGUGCUGCUACAUACGUAAUUUGCAAUUGCAGGACUGUUGAGUGGAUGAUCUGGUAUUGUUGUAAUCUGUUCUUUCUAAAGAUGUGAGGCCAUCAUCUUUAUUGUGUUAAAAAUAAUCAAGGCAUUAAUAAAUCUAUAGUAUUAUGUUUA